AUGGGAAAAGAUAAUCCGUCAUAUUCUCCGAUAUCCAUUGCUGUGGAUACCGAUAUGGACCCAGAUAGGGCUACUGCACCACGCGGCCGACAGCGUCCAGGGGCUGCUUGCGACGAAUGCAGACGACGCAAGCUGCGCUGCGACGGGCAGCAGCCUCAAUGCGGCAUUUGUCAGGAUACAGGGGCUGCGUGUGAGGUGACGCAGCGUGGUGUCCGAGGCCCGAAGAAGGGUCACCUAAAAGCGCUGAAAAAUCGUAUCAUUCACCUCGAAGCUAUGCUCGAGAGCCUGUCGGUUAACGGGCGACAGGAUCACCAGGGAGGUUCUAGCAAUGAUCUGGCGCUCUCUGUGUCGCCCAUUGAUGGCAGCGAUAGCGGGACACAUUCAGAGCCAUGGAUACCAAAAGGAAUUGUGUCAUCGGGAUCGGAUCACGAAGACUUCGUGUCGAAUGCCACUGGUCUUGCCCCUGUUCUGGUCCCUCAUCUGGGCCUUCUCCCCAAUCAAUGGGCUUUCUCAUCAGCGAUCCCUGCAAACCCCCGCUUUCCCCCGUCGGAAAUAAUCCAGGCCGAACUGGAUCAACUUUAUCUGGAUCGGGUGCAUCAGUCCAUUCCCAUUCUCCAUCCAAGGCGAUACCUGUCAUGGUCCAAUUCAACCAACAAGACGGCCCCGCGUCGAUGUCUGCAGUAUGCCAUGUGGAUGUUGGCAUCACUUCUAUCAGCCCAAUUCCGCGAUAUGAUAGAGCCGCUCUACCAAGAGACGAAACAGAUGCUUGAGUAUCUCAGUGUAGAGGGCGCCGAGCAUAGCAGUGUCAGUACUGAACUUGGCCAAGCGUGGGUUCUUGUCGUCACUUUUGAGUAUAUGCGAAGCUAUCACCUUAUAGCAUGGAUGAGCGCCGGUCGGGCUUUUCGGCUGGUUCAGGUUAUGCGCUACCAUCAGAUCGAUAACCCCAGCGACAAGCAAGGCCCGUCAUCUCCUCAAUGUGGCGACCUUAUCGAAGUAGAGGAGAGACGCCGAGUGUUUUGGAUGGCUUAUUUCCUUGAUCAUAUCAUUAGCAUGCGGGGUGACUGGCCUAUCACUCUGAAUGAGCAUGUGAUCUGCACUCGACUUCCCGCCUCAGAUGGAGAGUUCCAGACUGGCACCUUCGAACUGGGUCCUUUCCUGUCUGAAGCUAUGACCGAACCCAACGUCAAGGUCCAGUCUCCAUUCAACGAGUGUCUUAUUCUAGUCACCAUUUGCGGCCGUAGCCUUCUUCAAAGCCAACGAUAUCGUAUUUCUAAAGCUUAUGGAGACAUGGCAAUGGAUGGCACGGAGCAGCGGCGGUGGCUCGAUACCAUUCUCACGAACAGGCUUCAGAUACUAUCGCAGUACUACCCGUCACCGACCGAGUCGUAUGACCCGCUGCUUCUCUUUGCCAACAUACUGGGUCAAGCAACAGUCAUCUACUUCUGUAAAAAUAUGACCAACACAGUUGCGGAAUCGAGCAGUUCAAUGGACGGAAAUGCCGAAAUCCUGAACUACAAAAACAGAGCGCUGGAAGCUUCGUCAGCAAUUAUUCGACUGGCCUCGACAUUACGCGAGCUUCACUUCUCUAAGGUUCAUCCAAUGAUGCCUAUCCCAUUGUUCCUCUGUGCCGAGUUCCUCUACGACGACAUGCACAAUGAAGCCUUCCAAAUGAACGUGCAAGAACUAUUUCAUAUCCUUCGAGAGCUGAAGAACGUGAACAAUCCCGACCAAACCUACUUGGAUCUACUCCCACGAUCAUGCAUUUCCAAAACAGCCGAUCUAUUCAGCCAUAGUAUGGAGGAAAAUACUCCAAUUAGUAGAUGA